GCACUUUAAAGGCAAACAAAAAUGCCUGCACACUAAAAGCUUCUUUCUUUCUCUGCAAAUUUCAGUUACUUUGAAUUUCAAGCAGUUUACACUUUACAGUGUUAUACACAGAAACCCUUUUCUCUCUCUUCUUGUGUCUUUCUCGCCUGGACAUGUAAUUGAACCAUUGGGCCAUCAGCUUUAAGAUUUUCAAAUUUAAAGUGGAAGGAAGAGCGAUCAGAGAGCCCUUGAAGCCGUUGUCCAUAAGAGACUGAAGAGUUUUAUAAUAAACAUAUAUAGAAAUAAAGAAGAGAAAGAAAAAAGAAGGGUUUUGAAAAGAAAGGGUUUCGUUUUUUAUACAAGAGUGAAAUGGCUGAACCAACAUGUCUUAUGAGAUCAUUCUCUCACCCAUCUAGUGCUUCUCGUGAAGCCAAAGAGGGGGACCCCCUUCGUGCCUUAACUGAAUCAAUCUCAUUUGGGAGAUUUAUGUCGGAAACUUUAGCUUGGGAAAAGUGGUCAACUUUCUCUCACAAUCGCUAUUUGGAAGAAGUUGAGCAGUUUUCCAAGCCAGGUUCUGUUGCUCAGAAGAAGGCUUAUUUUGAAGCUCAUUACAAGCAGAGAGCUGCAAUGAAAGCAGCAGCCUUGCUUGAGCAAGCAAAUACUGCACUUAGUAGUGUUCCUGAGGGAGAUAUUGCAGCCAAUAAUGUUUCUGAAGCAAAAACUGCAGCCAAUAAUGAUCCUGAAGCAAAAACUGCAGCUGAUAAUGUUCCUGAAGCAGAAAUUACAGAUAAUAACGUUCCUGAAGUAGAGAUAGUGGGCAGAACUCACAAGGAUACUCCUAUAGAUUUUGUGGAAGCUGAGGCAACUGGCAAUACUGUUAUUGGUGUACAACAGGAAAAAGAUGUCCAUGCACUAGCUCAGUCUCCUGAGUCUCAUCCAGAGGAUAGGUUACAAAAUGCAAUAGUGGAAACAACUGAAAAAGUGAUAAGAGAAAUGAUUGAGGUGGGAAGCUCUAUUCAGAUUGAAAAUCCAAAGCAGCUUGAUAAUGCUGAGGAAUCUGACAAGAUUUUGGCCACUCAAGAAGCAAAAAUGCCCAAUAAGGAAACUGCUGAAAAGGAGAAUGUAGCCGUACCUAGUAAUAAAAGACAAAUGAAUUCGUCAUCAAAAUCUUCAAGUCAGAGUAGAGCUUCUAAAGUCCCGAAGCCUUCUAUCAAACAGGUUAAUUCCACACAGCUGAAGGGUGGAACAAAUGUCAAUCCAAGCAAAAAGAAAUCUCUGGAAGAGUUGAUCGAUAGAAAGAGAUUAAAUGCAAAACCUGUCCACAUGUCGAUUAAUUUGCCUCCUAGCACAAGAGAAACGAGCAAAAGUUCUACCAGAAUGUCAAAAGAGAGUUCAGCUACGCCACAAAAUUCAACAAGGGCAUCUGUUUAUGGGAUAUCAAAGCUUCUUCCUUCAAUAAAUCGCCAGUCAGAAGAUAGAAGAAGUCAGUCUCUACUCAAUAAAUCAGUUUCUGGAGGAAGAAUAGCCGGCGGGAUAUUGCAGGCCAUCUCUGGGGACCGCACAAAAUCUUCAACUGCAAGUGGAAGUAAAGUACGGUCUUCAAUUAUAUCUUCUCCUUUUAGCUUUAGGAGUGGCGAAAGAGCUGCAAAACGUAAAGAGUUCUUUCAGAAGCUUGAAGAGAAAAACAAUGCAAAGGAGGCAGAGAAAUCACAUUUGCAUGUAAAAUCGAAGAUUCCAUUGACACGGCCUCGAUCUCCUAAACUUGGAAGAAAGCCCUCUUCCUAUAUGGUCCAGGAAGCAAGCUUUCAGCAUCCUCAAAGGCCUUCAGUCAAUGCUGAAAGCUCUAAGCGUGUUGUACCGAAAGGUAACCAAAGCACAACUCACUCGAUCACUUUGCUAACAAGGAAAAAAGCACAUGAGAAUGCUUCUCCAAAUAUUCAGCAUUGAGCUCCCAUAGAGAAGCUAUUUCAAGGAAUUGAUUGACCCGGCUAUUGAUUAUGAAGAUUUUCAUUUGUAAUUACACACUACAAAGAAGAAAGACAAACCUGCAGUGACAGUGGGAUUCAGAUUAGGGUAAUACUAGUGGAUAGUUAGUUGUAAGCAGUUUUGGGGAUAUAAAAAGAAUGCUUUGUUUUUGCAUCUAGGGUUGGCAAUAUUGUUACAUGGUGCAUGUAAAAAGUGAUGUGCUUUCAUGCAAUUCUGAAUGAAAUAUAACUUUGCAUUGUUGUUGCAUAA